AGAAAAUGGUAAGAAAGGAAAUCUUAAAAAGUACAUUUAGCUUCUAAAUCCACAAGUUUCCAAUUUUCAUUUCCGGAUACUUUAUCAGAUACACCGGUAGCGCAAUACCGAAAGGAAGCCACCCAGAAAACAGUCAACAACAACACGUUGCAGAGGAGAGGUCAGCGGGUCGCCCUAAUUUAGUGACUGAUGAUACCGCCGGUUGAUGAGUUAUAUAAAUGUAAAAAGAUAAAAUAUGGAUCCAUAUUUACUGUCGAAGACAUUACGUCAACAUGGAGCUCCUCUCUUACGAUGGUUGGAAGCAGAACAAAGAGAAGCUCUACCUCAAGCCAUCAUACAGAGAGCCGUUCUUCAAGAAUUUGGUGCAGCUCAAAUGUUAGAACUAGGAGAUGGAAAUUUUCAAGUUCGUUUGAAUCAGUUUAUAGCACGAAAGGCAGAUAUGUUGUUCAAAGAAAAAGAAACUGACACAGAAAAAGAAAUUCAGAAAUUAUCUAAUGAGGAUACAUAUGCUAUCAUGCCUCCCAUGGAGUUUUUUAUGGGAAUAUCCUAUCUCAAUUCAAGGAAACAUUUCUUUAAUAGUGUUCAGAAGAAUGAUGUAGUAAUCGGUGUGGUAAAUGAUGUGAUGGAAGGUGGGCUAUUAAUCAAUCUGCUGUGUACAGAUAAUCAGAAAGUUAGAGAUCUUGACGGACUUAAUAUAGCGGUUUUUUGCCCAGCUAAAGAAUUGCCUCAAAUUCAUCAACAUUUUAAUCCGACAGAGAAUUUUCAAGUCAAAGAUGUUGUCCGAGGUGUUGUUGUAGUGGUUAAUCCAGAAAAUGAGAAGAUCAUUAUUUCACUACACACUUGCCAUCUGGAGGGAAAGAGUGAUAUAUUUCUGGGUUUGAUCACAGAAGAAGAAUUUCCAGUACAUUAUAGACGAAGAUUACAAGUGAAAGGUUUAUGUUUUGAUGAAUUACUCAAGUCAAUUCUUGGUUUUAAUAAUUCCGGCAACGCUCAGUUUUUACAGAAGCAUCAUUCACUGGACGAUCAAGAGUCAUUGAUGAGAGGACUACAUGGGUUAAAGAUCCCUGAACCAGAAUAUGCUGAAAAUAUGAGAAAAUUACAAUCUGCUAGAAAAGCUCAUCAAAGUGUUUUACAAGGUGUGACAUUGUUUAAGAAAGGAAAUUAUUUAGAAGCCAUGCAGUAUUUAAAUAGAGCAUUACGAAUAGAUGAUAAAAAUGUAGAAGGUCUGGUCGCUCGUGGUGCCUUGUAUGCUAAUAAUGAAUGUUAUUCACGAGCUAUAGAAGAUUUUGACGAGGCGUUGAAAGAGAACCCACAACACAUUAAUGCAAUGAUGUAUCUGAUAGAAACGUUAUUGGCACAGGGUAAAGUACAUUCAGAUAAAAAAGAUUGGGAUUCUGCAGAGGAGACGUAUGAACGAGUUCUAAAAUUACGUCCUAAUCAUCCUGAAGCUGUAGAGGCACUGAAAAUUGUUUAUAUUAAAAAGGAACCUCCACCUAUAAUUAAAGCAAGUCCCAAAUCCAGUACCAAGAAGCCACCAAACGAUCUGUUUGAUCACUUCAUUGAUCUGAUUGAAGAAAGAAAACCCAGACAAAUGACUCCUAGCAGCAGUUCCAGCAGACGCAGGCGAUCUCGGAGCCCAUCUCCAGCAAGUCGAAGAUUGUCUUAUACUCGUAAAAGAUCCCGAUCUCCACAAUCUAGAUAUGGUCAUUUUCGAGGUCGACGCAGAUCAAGGUCUACUGACGGGCGCAAAUCUCAUCAUGAUAGCAAAUCACCAAGCGGAAAAAGUUUAGACAAAAAGAAAUCUAAACGCCAGAGUCAGUCACCCAAAAGCAGCGCACACGACCAACAGAAAUCUAAAGACAAUGAUGAAUCAACAAGGUUGAAAGGCUCGGACAAGCGACAAAGCAGAAAACGUAGAGAUUCAAAAGACUCAAAAGUUUCAGAUAAUCGGCAAAAUAGUAGAUCACCCAGCACAAAACUGGUUAAAUUGACAAGUCAACCUGAUGCCAAUAAAGAAAAAAUAACUGAACAGAAGCGGAAAGUAGGUUACACUCCUGAAAGAAGUCCAGUUAUGACAGCAAGAGAGCAAACCCCAGAACUCAGAUCUCUAGAACACAAAAAAACAAGAGUCAUGUCCCCUGACAAACGACCUGAUUCCAGUUCACCAGACUGGGGAGAAAAAUCUAAAACCCCAUCUCAGUUGUUGCGACCUGGAUCUCGCGGCUGUUCUAGUUCUUUUGAUGAAGAUGAGUACCUUUACGGAGAUUCAUCAAUCGGUUAUGAAAAAGAUUUGCCAACUUUUAAGAAUGACAAAGAGGAUAAGUUUAUAAAGACAAAAAGAUUGUCCUCACCACAAGAACGUAGAUCACAUGAUUCAGAGGACAGAGCAGUAAGUUCUAUCAAGCGAGAUGUUUUAGAAUUAAAAUCAUUUGAAGAUGUUACAGAAAUCAGAAAACCGGAAAAGAACCGAAAGCGUAAAGAUGAUUGUACGAACGAUGUUAUCAACAAAGAUUGUGAGGGUAAUAGAAGACAAUCUUACUACAAGGAUGACAAAAAGCAUAGAAUUUAUUCUCAUUCGCCUGAUGAUUCAAGUCGAAGACGCAGACGGUCAAGUUCAAGUGAUAGUAACACUGAUGCUAAAGAACCCUGUGUAGCUAAGAAAAAGAAACAUUUCAACAGAUGGGACAAAUCUCCAGAGUGUGAAAGUAAAUCUAAAGACAAAUCUGGUCUCAUGGGUGUUGAUGAAAUCGAUUCAACUGUGACAAAACCUCAUUCUAAGGAUCAAAUGAAAAGGAGUCAUUUCUCGGACGCAGCCGAAAGAGAAAUUGAUCAACCAGUUCAACAAGAAUACAGGAUACAAGAUGAUGCAUCAGUGUUUUAUCCAAAUAUGUCAGCCGAUAAGAAGGGGUCAUUUACUGGUACCAUAACUCGUACAAUAUUUAGAUCAACCUUUCAGCCUGUUGUCGUUGAGGCACAAACCGAACCCCCAAAAACAAAACCGGGAUUCUUCUUACCGAGACAAAUUGUAAUAUCCAAAAAAGUAGAUGAGAGACCAUCAAACCCAGAUCUCGAGUCUGGACUAAAUGUUGAAAGACGAUCGGAUUCGAAUGAUAGCCACAACAGAAGCCGUAGUCCAAGUUACAGUAGAACAGAAGACAGAUACACAGGUCACAGUGAUAUUCGAAUGAAAUCUGAUGAUAACAGGAAAAGAAGAGACCAAUCUUCAAAAUGUGCCCGGCAAGUUAGAAGUAAAAGCAGAAGUCGAACACGAAGUGAUCGAAGCAAUGAAGAGAGAAUAAUAAGUCUCAGUCCUAUUAUUCAUCGUAGUAGAGAUAGGCUAAAUUACGAUGAAGGUGUAUGUGCUAAUCGUAGUCGACAUCAUAGUCAAAGUUCCAGUCGAGAGAGUGGACAAGGGGGUUCAAGUAUGAGUAGUAGCCGAGAUCGCACAGCCAAUAAGAAAAUUAAAAGAAGGAGUUUCAGCAGAGAUCGCAAAAUUAAUGUAGCUGGUUCCAGCCUACAAGAUGAUAGGAGUCAUAGUAAAGAUCACCGGAAUACUAGUCAAGAUACUAAGGGUCGUCAGCAUGACAUCCAAGAUGGGAAAUAUCGAAGUAGCUUAAGCCCAUAUGGUGAAGGUUUUAGCAGAGACCGGUUAAAUCGAAGAAGUACCAGCCACGAUUCUUGGGGUUCUAUUAGAGAUAAGAAAUAUGGUAGGGGCACCAAUCGAGAUCAUAUUGUUUCCAGUAGAGAGCAGGUAGAUCAUAGAAGUGACAGCCACCAUCGAAAAAAACGCAGAAGGUUGAAUUCAGACCAGAAAAGUGAUAGGAGCAUCAGCCAUGAAAGGGAAAAGCGUAAAUAUCACAGGAGUCUUAAUCCAAGAGAAAGCUCAAGUCCUAAUUGUAGACAAGAAGAUAGUAGAAGUUCGAAGAGUGCUAUUCAUUGUCAGAAAUAUAGUAAAAGUCCUAAACGUAGUAUAAAAGAUAGUGAAAGUCCUAAAAUUACUCGAAAAGACAGUAGAGGUCCUAAACACAGUUUGAGAAAUAGUAUAAGUCCUAAUCGUAGUCGGGAGGAUAUUAGGAAUCCUAAACGCAGUCGAAAAGAUAAUAAAAGUCCAAACUGCAGUCGAAAUUCUCAUCGCGGUAAAAGUCUUGAUAGAAUGUCUGCUGUGGAAGGGGAAUAUGAUCAAAAAAGUAGAAGUUUCCGAAUAUCUACAUACAAAAGUUCUGAGAGAAUUAGAGAUGUAAUAUGCUCAGCAGAUUGUCAUGGCAUAGACAUUCAUCGAGAUUCUAAGAGAGAUGAAAAAGGCGGUCGAGCAAUGGGUCCGCGACAAAGUAUAGGGAUUGGAUAUAGAAGUUACACUUCAAAAAGCCCUAGUCCAAUUAGGAGUAGUAAUUUAAGUAAAACUCGAUCUUCCCAUAGUCAAAGCAGAAAUUGUUCAGAUAGAAGUAGGAAGCGAUCUUGUAGUGAAAGCAGAAAUCUUUUAGACAAAAGUAGAAAGCCAUUUUCUCUUAGUCAUAGUCCAAGUAGAAAUCUUUCAGAGAGAAGUAGAAAGCCAUCUUCUAAUAGUCGGAGCUGUAGCAGAAAUCGUUCAGACAGAAGUAGAAAGCUAUCUUCUCUUAGUCGGAGCCGUAGUAAAAAUCGUUCAGACAAAAGUGGUAAUCCAUCUUCUUGUAGUCGCAGCAGUAGCAGAAAUAGUUCAGACAAAAGUAGAAAGCCAUCUUUUCGUGUUCGCAGCCGUAGCAGAAAGCAUUCAGACAAAGGUAGAAAGUCAUCUUCUCGUAGUCGCAGCCGUAGCAGAAACCGUUCAGGCGAAAUUAGAAAGCUAUCUUCCCGUAGUAACAGCCGUAGCAAAAAUCAGUCUGACAAAAGUAAAAAAAGAUGGCAAUCCAGUCUUAGCAGAAGUCGUUCAGACAGAGGUAGCAAACGAUCUCAUAGUCGCAGCCGUAGCAGAAGUCAAUCAAACAAGAGUAGAAUUAGGUCCAAGUGUAACUCAAAAUCAAAAAUUGCAGAAAUAUCCAAAUCUCAUGAUAAUUCUAAGCAUAGAUUUACUGAAUCACCCAAUAAAAAUUCAUGUAAACCAGAUCUUCCAGAUGUAAUAUCAAGCCAUAAAGACAAAGAAACACCAAUAAAAGGAAAGAUCCAGAAAGGUAUCAAGUCAGAAGACGAAUCAGCUAAAAAGAUAAUACAGAAAAUAAAACGAAUAUCCUCAUCAUCUUCGAGUUCAUCUUCAGGGUCAUCAUCAUCUUCAUCUUCAUCAUACAGUGGUCGCAAAAAAUACCACAAGAAACCUGCAGCAGUCAAAAUACCCUUUGUUAAAUCGAAAUGGGAUUCUAGUCCGAAAAGUUCUCGUUGGGAUCCCCCAGAUCCGAAACCUAGACCACCUGUUAAUAUUCCCACUUAUAACCAGAAACCUAAUAAAACCUUAACUCAGUUAGAGACAUUUCUCUUAGAACUCAAACAAAACAAGAAAAAACAAACCGAGCAGACAACUCUGUCUGCUAAAGAUAAAAAGUGAUCAGUAUUUACACAAAUGUGCAAUUUAUUGUAAUCAGUGGAUAUGAGUGGGGUGGGGUGAUGCAUAUACAGGUUUUCCUAAGACUUUCAGGGCCUCUUGUGAAUUGAACAUUCCAGAAUUGAAAUUCAAUUUUUGAUUUCUCUCAAUCCGUCAAACAGUGUUUAUCAAGUAAAAACCAGUAUGUUGGUUGACAAAUCAUGAAAAAUGUAUGUGAUUACCCUCCAAUGUCGUGUCUGUUAUCGGGGAUUGACAGUAUUGUGUUUAGUGUAUAUGCUUGCUUACACGUAUUUGUCUUUUAAA